ACUUAAAUGGGCUGGAGCAGACGAAGGGGCCCUGUGUGUUCCUGCUCGGCGCUGCCAUGUCUACCCCUGCAAAGCGGCACUGCCGCAGCCCUGUCAGCUCCCUCAACUCCAGCUUCCAGAAACGCCUUAAGAAAAUUUCCAUCGAGGGGAACAUCGCUGCAGGAAAGUCAACAUUUGUCAGGCUACUAGAGAAACACAGUGAUGAGUGGGAAGUCAUCCCUGAGCCCAUCGCCAAGUGGUGCAACAUCCAGACAGCUGAAGAUGAUGAGCAUGAGGAACUUUCAACAUCUCAGAAGAGUGGAGGAAAUCUACUCCAAAUGCUGUAUUCUAAACCCACAAGAUGGGCUUACACAUUCCAGACUUAUGCUUGUAUGAGCCGUGUAAGAGCACAAUUAAAACCUGUCUCAGCUAAGCUACAUGAAGCAGAACAUCCAGUUCAAUUUUUUGAGAGAUCUGUAUACAGUGACAGAUAUGUAUUUGCUUCUAACCUGUUCGAGUCUGGAAAUAUUAAUGAAACAGAGUGGGCUGUUUAUCAGGACUGGCACACAUGGCUUCUGAACCAGUUUGAAUCAGACAUAGAACUGGAUGGCAUGAUCUACCUAAGAACCACACCUGAGAAAUGCAUGGAAAGGCUACAGGCAAGGGGCAGACAAGAAGAGCAAGGAAUUGAGCUUGAGUAUUUGGAAAACCUCCACUAUAAACAUGAAGCCUGGCUUCAUGAAAGGACUAUGAGAGUUGAUUUUGAGAACCUUAAAGAGAUUCCCAUUCUGGUUUUGGAUGUUACUGAAGAUUUCAAGAAUGACAAGAUUAAACAGGAGUACCUGAUUGGUAAGGUAAAGUCUUUCCUGACUUCUUAAGAAUAUGAAAGCUCAACGAUCAGUGUGUUCUCAAACAACUUGCUUUUUAACUGCCUAUAUAAAAAUACUCACAAGCAUAAAGUGCAUAAUACGGACUUCGGAUAUUUUUAUUUUUGCUUGCCAGUCCAGUGUACUUAAUUUUCUGUAUUGUUGAAACAAACCAAUAGGAGGUGCUUUGAAAAUGUUAUCUAUGUAUAUACUUCGUUUAAUAAAGAUUUUUGAAUAAUAUUAAUAACUGGCUUUAUCGAAGGAGGAGCUAAGCGGUUAUCAAGGGCUGACAACCCAGUCAGUAGCGAUAGCAGGCGCUAAGGCAGGGUUGUUUUGCAAUAACUGGCAUAGUUCACCAUUUUAAGACGAGAGUGUUAUGGCGUCCAGAAACCUUUACUUUCAACUUCUGCUUUAUUGAAUAGCUCUUUUCACAGGAUUUACGCUAGCGUAAGCUAGACGUAACUGUAGUCGCAAAUGUUAGACCUGCAAUAAACUGUAAUUUAUGUAUAUCUUAUUUACUGCCUCCCCCCACCACCUCGACCGUCCCCGCUCGGAUAACGGCAGGGAGCGAGCCGCCAGCGCUCGCACCGCACGCUGCGGCAGGACACUACCACAACCGC